GCCUGCGUCUCCGGCCGCGAUGAAGUCGACGGCGUCGGUAAUCAAAGCCUACUCUUUGCCUCUGAUUCUCUUCGCUGCCGCCAUGUUCUUCCAGCUCUUCGUUAUUCCCAAAUCCUUCCCUCCCUCUCACUACGAUAUUCUUGGUAUAAGGAGCUAUAGCUCCAUUGAAGAAGUGAAAGAGGCGUAUGAAAAUAUUUCUUCAGUCUGGAAUUCAGACGGGCAGGCUCCGGAUACUUCCGAUUUUAUCAAGAUUCAAUAUGCUUUUGAGUUGCUGGCAAAUCCAGUGUGGAAAAGAAACUAUGACAUAUUCGGCAUCGAUGAGCAAAUAGAUGUGGUUGAGAAGGUCACAGAGCAAAAUAAAGGAGAAAGCUUUUCGAAGAUAGACCUUCCUUUGCUAGAGUCUGUUGCUUAUGAAACUGAAGACCAUGAUGGUACAGUCAUGACCUCCAAGGAUUUUCAGACUAUGUUCGAGGGUAACAAACCAUGGCUGAUUCAGGUGUGCUCAUUUGGGAGCAAAAGCUGCUAUCAGUUUUCUGAUGUGUGGAAGAAAAUUGCUGUUUUUCUGAAUGGUGUGGCAAAUACUGGUAUGUUGGAACUUGGAGAGCUUCAGCUAGCGACACAUUUUGCUGAGAGAAAACCAACUGGACAACCUUUCUUCAGGAAUGGCAUUCCUUCUCUUGUUGCUUUUCCGCCGGGGUGUAAAACUGCCAAUUGUUUUAUUAGGUAUGAAGGAGAUCUCUCUGUUGAUUCAAUCACAGAUUGGUUUGCAACAACCAUACUUGGUUUGCCUCGUAUUCUUUACUACUCAAAGGAGACACUGGGGCAGAAGUUUCUAGCAAAAGUUAGUCUUCAUAAGGUAAGAGUCAUUUUCUUCUCAAAAACGGGGGUGCGUGCUGCUCCAUUCAUACGCCAAGCUGCUAAAAAUUAUUGGGCUCAUGCUUCUUUUGCAUUCGUGUUGUGGCAAGAAGAGGAAUCUUCCUUUUGGUUUAAUUCGUUUGAGGUGGAAUCUGCACCUGCUAUAGUGAUUUUGAAAGAUCCUGGUGUCAAACCUGUUGUGUACCACGGAUCUUUUGACUACUCACAGUUCUUAAAUAUUAUGGAGCAAAAUAAACAACAAGAGCUACCUCAGUUGAGGAGUACGACAUCCAUGGAAUUGGGUUGUGAUUCUCGAGGUUAUUCUCGUGCUGGAUAUGAUACCGUUACUUGGUACUGUGCUGUUGUAGCAGGGAGGCAUAGCCCAGAACUCAGUAACAUGCGUGGAGCCAUUCGCAGGGUUCAAGAGAAAUUGUCAAAUGAAGUCGAGUCAAGGUCAGCUGAUGAAGUGCAAUCUAUAGCACCAGCAGCAGAAGCGCUUAAAAGCAAACGACUGACAUUUGCUUGGCUUGACGGAGAAUCCCAAAAGAAAUAUUGCCUCUUCUUCCUCCAAUCUGAAAACAGCCAUGAAACUUGUGGAGAAAGGACAGAUAUGACCGAUGUUCCUCAGUUAUUUAUUGUACGCUAUAAGAGGAAUGUGACAGAAGAGAGUGAGAAGCCCGAGAAGAAGCCGAAAAGCAUAUGGGAUGCAGUGCAAGACCAGGAAUUAGAUCCUGCAUCACAGCUUGUGGCAAAGUACAAUGGUUCAGAUGAUACUCAGGAGAUUACUAAAUGGAUCUCGCAAAUAAUCAACGAUGGCGACUCCAGAGAUCUUCCUCAUUAUAGAACAAGAACUCCUCAUUUGGUUCCUGAGGAUUCAGAGCCAAUAUGGUCAGCCGGUGUCCAAAGAAUUCCUUCAACAAACACGCUCAUGCAGAGCAUCCGUGGAAUGCUACGUGGAGUCUAUGAUCGCGUUGGAGAUCCAAGGCUUGGUCCAAUGCUGCUUCUAGCUGCAUUGAUGUCUUUCGGUACCAUCUGGCUUCGGAGGAGUCAAGCAACUCCAGUGUCUAGUCAACCAAAUCAGCCAAAUUCCAAGGAUGAAAGUAGACGAAGAAGGAGAGACCGGGCUAGAAACGUGCUUAAUCAAGACCUACCCCCUUCCAUCACCGAUAUGGAACCAAGAGACUCUUAUGAAAUGCCACUGUCAGGUUCCGACUCCGAGUAGCCGAUGCUGCUAGCUUUUUGAAGGUUUGAAAGAAACCAAAUCCCUGCUGAUGUUGAAGGGUUCAGGUGCAAACAUAAUCGUUGAACCAAGCUGUCGCGAAAUACAUGGGAACCAUGGCUUGUGAUUCUCAAUGCAGGCACGGAACCUCCCUUAAACAGAGCCUGCAAGUUAUAAGGAAAAAACUCGUAGGUUGGCAAGUAAGCAAAAAUAAUAUUUCCUCAAUUCAAUUUAGAUCGUUUAUUUUCUGUACUACUAGUUAGUACGGACUAGACUUUGAGAAGAGAUAUGAUGUGACUGUGGGACGCAGUAGGUUAAAAGAAGAUGAAGGCCUAUAAACCACUUGCUUGUUUAUUUUAACAUUUUUAUUCUCUCUUUUUUUGUUUAUUUUAAUUAUUUUUUU